AUGUCCUGGCAACAAAAUUCAUACCCACCUCCUCAAGGCUACGGCGCUCCUCCUCCCAUGCCUCAAGGCGGCUACGGAGGCUAUGCACCUCCCGCUGGUCCACCCCCUCCUCACGCUGGAGGAUACGGAGCACCUCCUCCCCCUCAAGCACCCUAUGGUGGAGGUUAUGCUCCACCACCUGGUCCGCCACACGGGCAUCACGCUCCACCACCACCUCCUCCUCCUCCUCAUCAUCAUCACCAUCAUCCUCAUGCUCAUCCACCUCCACCUCAGCAUGCCUACGGUGCUCCUGCUCCCGUUCCUCCAUCGACGGCAGCUGGUGCGUACUACCUUGGCGUGCCUAUCCCACCUCCACCUCCCAACCAGCCUGCACCAUCUCCGCCCGGGUACAAUCCAGCUCAAGACGUCGAGAGACUUCGCAAAGCCACCAAGGGCUUCGGCACCGAUGAGGGUGCUCUCAUUACCACACUAGCCCCCCUUGAUGCCUACCAGAUCGAUGCUCUUCGCCAUACGUUCAAGGCAACUGUUGGCAAGGAUCUGCUCAGUGUCCUCGAAAAGGAAACAUCUGGCUGGUUCCAAGCAGCACUUCGUGCCAAGGUGCUUGGUCCUGUCUUAUACGACUGUUGGCUCAUCAAGCGUGCCUGCCAGGGUGCUGGUACGCACGAGGACCUUCUCAACGAGGUGAUCCUCGGCAGGACCAACAUGGAGAUGCACCUCCUCAAGCAGUAUUACCAGGUCACCUACGGCAAGAACCUAGAAAAGGUGGUCGAGGACGAGCUCUCGUUCAAGACCAAGCGAAUGUUUGUCAUGGCCAUGCAGAGUGUUCGCCAGGAGGACACUGCUCCUAUCGACCACCAAGCUGUCGAAGCAGAUGCUGCUGCCCUUCACAAUGCUGCUCGUGGUGCUGGUACAGACGAGAUUGCCAUCUGCGGUAUCCUCAUUCAACGCAGCAGUCCACACCUUGCCGCCGUCGCCCAGGCCUACCAGCGUCAUCAGCGAAAGCCUCUGUCCAAGAUGAUUGACACGGAAUUCUCUGGCCACAUGCGAGACGCACUCCGAUAUAUUGUGGAUGGUGCCGAGAACGAUGGGCAGGGUGUCACUCGUGAUGCACGUCUGCUCGAGGACAGCAUGAAGGGCAUGGGAACCAAGGACGAGCGUCUUAUUUACCGUGUCGCUCGUCUUCACUGGAACAAGCCUCGCUUCGAGGGUCAGAUCAAGCCAGCCUAUGCUCAGCUCUUCCACAAGAAGGGUCUCAAGAAUCGUGUCGAAGGCGAGACCAGCGGUGACUACAAGCGCAUGCUCAGUGCCAUGAUUGGGUCUUGA